AUGCUUAAUAAAAAAGAAAUAUUCACGCAAUCUCACGUUGAUCCCGCCGCUCCAGCCUCCCCGCCCAUCCUCCGUCAGCGCGCGAACAAAGGAAACCACGCUGUGGACCACCAGCCACUAGCAACCGCCAUUGCGGCACGCGCGCACACCACAAAUAUUAGAUUUCGCACAACUAUUUAUAGGAAUCGUGUGUCGCGCGAUUGUUUACAAAUAAAAAGCCGCUGGGCGGGCGGCGCGCAGGGCGGGCGGCGCGGGACGGGGUCAACGGCCGCGCCGCCCGUUGCCAUGGCGACUGCGUCGCCCGCAGACUACGGCGGAGAGUGCAGUGCGGAGGUGCACGGAACCGUUACGCGUUCGGCCCGGCGCGGCUGCCCGCCCCAACGCAGCCGCUCUCACGUCUCCUGCGAGAAGGAUAAAUGGAAAAAGGCAGAAAGCAUCCACCAGAUUCAUCCUAUGGGAGCGCUUAUUUCCACGGUUGUAUUCACG